GAUGAGACGGAAGGCAUGGAAAAUUCCAGCUGGUUCGAGAACUCUGCCAGAGCCUUUAAGCCCGGGCUCGCUCGGCCGGAGUGUGCUUUCGCCGCCUGGGAGCCUUCCGGCCCAGCUGCCUGUCCGGUCCCCGCGGUCCCCGCCCUCCUGCAUCCCGGGAGCCGGCUCGGUUCGGAGCCCAGAGCUGUGCGUUCGGGCAUGCCCCGCUACGAGCUGGCUUUGAUCCUGAAAGCCAUGCAGCGGCCAGAGACCGCUGCUGCUCUGAAGCGUACACUAGAAACCCUGAUGGACAGAGGGGCUGUGGUGAGGAACUUGGAGAACCUGGGCGAGCGUGCGCUUCCUUACAGGAUCUCCGCCCAUAGUCAGCAGCACACCAGGGGAGGGUAUUUCUUGGUGGAUUUUUACGCACCAACAACCACUGUUGAAGGCAUAAUGGAGCAUUUGUCUCGAGACACUGAUGUGAUUAGACCAAAUAUUAUAAAACACCCUCUGACCCAGGAAGUGAAAGAGUGUGAAGGGAUCGUCCCAGUCCCACUUGAAGAAAAGCUGUAUUCCACCAAGAAGAGGAAGUGAGAAGAUUCACCAGAUUUUAGCCUUCUAUUUAAUUCUCUCACUUUUGGGCACCCACCAUGGAUUAAUAACUUACCAGCUUGAUCUUUAUGUAAGAGGGUGCUUUCAGUGCCCUUUGAUUUUUCUAAGGUACUUUUAGUUCUUGAUCCCCUUUGCUGUGAGAAGUCGGGGAAUGGCCUCCUUAGAGCCGCUUUGUAAUAUAUGGCAUCAGCGCUCCCUGCUCGAUUGCGUUUCACGAAUGUAAUUUGUCAGUGAGGACUUUGCCCUACAGCAGCACUAACACCGCUUGGAAGAGCAAAGAUUAUAAAAACCACUUUGGGUUGCACGCUAGUCAUUCAGACUGUAUACCACCAUGCAAAAUAAAAUUUUAAGACCAUCGUCUUAUAUGAGUAACUUUUGAUCAGAGUGAAAGUCUGUGAUUUGAAAGAACUUUUGCCUCUUCACCUCCCCCAGCACCGUGCCCCAUCC